GCUGUCAUGGCUCUCCCCGAAGCUUGCAUUGCCCACGUCCUUUCCUUCACUUCCCCCCGCGAUGCCUGCAGGCUCUCCUGUGUUUCUUCCUCCUUCCGUUCUGCCGCCGACUCCGACGCCCUCUGGGAUUCCUUCCUCCCUCCCGACUGCCUCUCCCUCCUUUCCCGUUCUUCCUCUCCUCCCCCCUUCUCUUCUAAGAAGCAUCUCUAUCUCUCUCUCUCCCGCUAUCCCCUCCUCAUCGACGACGGUCUCAAGAGCUUUUGGGUGGAUAAAUUUUGUGGGGCGAAAUGUUUCAUGCUAUCCCCGAGAAGUCUCUCUAUUGUCUGGGGAUGCACUCCCAGGUAUUGGAGGUGGACUUCGGUGCCCGAUGGCAGGUUUGAGGAGGUCGCCGAACUUUUUUGCGUGUGUUGGCUGGAAAUGCGAGGGCGGAUCAGCACGCGCAUGCUGUCUUCUUCAACCCUGUACGCCGCUUACCUCGUGUUUAACCUAACUGCCAGUGCCUAUGGAUUCGAAUGCCAACCGGUGGAGGUCUCCGUCGGCAUUGCCGGGAACGAUGGUGACGCUCGCAAGCGAGCAGUCUAUUUAGAUCCAAAAGGAGCGCAGAGGACACAACAACAGAUCGUUCCCAGGCGUGCCGGCACGCGUAUCCUGGGAGAUGAGGCGCGCUCGCCCAAUCCUGCAGAGAAUCUUGAUCUGCAGUAUCCAAACAAGAGAGCGGAUGGAUGGUUCGAGAUCGAAUUGGGAGACUUCUUCAACGAAGGAAUAGGUGACAAGGAGCUGGAAAUGGCUGUUUGUGAGGUCCGGGGGGGCAACUGGAAGAGCGGCCUCGUCAUUCAAGGAUUCGAAAUUAGGCCCAAACUCCAUAAGUCAGCACCUUCGCCGUGACCUUCCUUACGAGUUGCUCGCUAAUUUCACGAGUUCAUAUUUCCGCGGUUGUUUCUAAGUUUUUUGGUUCCUCAAAUCGGGUUAAACUGCUUGCUCUCAUGUACGGAUCUUGUGAUCUGUGUCUUUAUUUAAAAAACUUUUAUUUUUACUUGAAA